AUGCGGUUCGCAGGGCGCGGUGGCAUGGGCAGGACGUUCGGCGGUGUUGCUGUGCAUGAGCUCGAUGAGCUCUUGCCACCGCCCACGCCGCUGACUCACAGGUCCACCGGCGCAGCAGAAGGGCCCAGGUCUUUCGUCGGUGCAUGCUCUUUCCAGAACCAGGGCAAGAAUGGUGAAAAUCAGGACAGCUGGAUUGCGGCAGAGAGUGGCAGCAAGAGCUUACUAGCAGUCCUGGAUGGUCACGGGGAACAAGGCAAGCGUGUCUCCGAGUAUGCGCGGUCGCAGCUGGCUAGGAGUCUCUACGACAGCAAGGAUCUCUACACGAAGCCUGCAUCGGCACUGCAAAGUGCGUACGCAGAAACUCAGAAAGGGAUCGAGCGCAGCCAUGCCAUCGAUGCGCAGCGCUCCGGCACCACAGCCGUGACUUGCUACCGCCACCGUGACAAACUCGUGGUGGCCAACGUUGGUGACUCGCGGGCAGUCCUGGGACGAUGCAGCUCGCGGGAGGGCGAUGGCUCUCUGCACAGCCUGCGGGCCGUUGAUCUGUCCAGUGAUCAGCGGCCAAUGCGGGAAGACGAACGGAACCGGAUUCUCCAGCAGGGUGGUGCAGUCCAUCCAAGCGCCAUGCCGAUGCGACAAGGUUUCGGUCCUCCGGUGCUGGUCCGUGUUGGUCCCGAGCGAGACCGGGUGCUGCAUCACUUUGAUUUGAUGCUGAGGUGUCGCCACGGGGGCUCUUGCGAGACGCGUGUUGAGAUGAUUUCUGAUGAUCUGAGCAGAGCGCUCCAAGGCUACGCGCAUCUCAGCUUGUGCCGAAGCGACUCGACCUGCACCGGCUGCGGUGAGAAGUUCGCUACACGGAAUGCACUGUUUCGGCACCUGCGUCAGCAUGGCUGUGGUGGUGGCACCAGGCGGCACGCCUCCCGCUCCCUAUUGCUCUAUGGUUAUGUUGGGACGCGAUUCCACGGCAGCCAGCUCAACUCGGUCCAAAGCGAGGCGAAGUUCCCAACUGUCGAAGGCUGCCUCUUACCCUGCAUCGAGGCGGCUUUGCGAAAGCAGCCAGAUGUAACAUCGGUUACAGUGGAGGUUGCUUCAAGAGCAUCGCGGACAGAUCGGGGUGUCCAUGCUCUGUCUACGGCACUGUGCUUGAGAAUCACGAAAGAACUGUGCAGCAGCUCCGAAAACACGAUGAAUCCUGACAACACCUCAAGCUUUCUGGAAUUGCUUAGAUCUGAACUGCCGCCGGAGCUUACAGCAGCGCAUGUGUUUGAUGUCGAUGACCCGCAAUUCAAUGCAAGAUUUGCCUGCCAGAAGCGGGAGUACUGGUACUACGUUCCCUACCGCGCGCUCUUCACGCGCAGGGAGCAAGAGAGGAUGAAGCUGCUGUGGUCCAACGCCGGGGCGUUCCCAGGAGAGGAUGCUUUGGCAUCCUGGAUCUGGGUCUCAGGCUUGCCCACGGAGGCCACCAAAGAAGACCUCACCUGGACGAUCCAGGAAGUGUCUGCAAGGCACAAGCUGGCAGUGGUGCUUGAGGACGUGGUCUUCUCAAGGAAGGAUGGCUCGGCGAAGCUGAAGUUCUCGGAUUCCUCAUGCGCCUUGGCCGCUUGUGCAGCACUGGACGGCUUCCCCGGCCCACAGGAUGCGCAGGGACAUCGAGCCCCAUUGCUGGCGCUACCUGAGUCCCUGCUGGAAGCAUGGCAGUCCGUGCACAGGCGCCUCCGGUCAGCCUUGAAGAAGCUGACCGGAACUCGAUCCUUCCAUAACUUUAGCCCUGGCUUCGAAGAUGCGAAGGCGGACCCAAGAAGCGUCCGCAGUGUCUAUCGCUGUAGGGCUGGUGUGACCGCUGGCUACCGCGACUACCUUGAAGACAAGGCCUUCGCGGUAUUGCGGAUUACAGGUCGUGACUUCCUGUACCAUCAGAUUCGAAGCAUGGUUGGCGUGGUCAUUGCGGUGACAAACAGCUCGCUGCCCGAGUCUCAUCUUGAUCUAGCCCUGAGCGAUGAAACUGGCAUUCAGGUGCCACUUGCUCCGGCAAGUCAUCUGGUUCUGGCUGAGUGCGUCUUCCGAGAUGGCCUUUUCGGUUGCCCCUUCGGUCAAGCUGUCCGUGAGGCGAAGGACAAGGUCUCCGAGAGGAUGCUGUCCUCCAAAGACAAGGUCCUCAUUCUGGGUAGUGAUGGCGUCUGGGAUCGGCUGAACUCACAGGAGGCUGUGGACAUCGCCGCGCGACACACAGAUCCCAACGCAGCCGCGCGCGAGAUCGCCAGCAUUGCGAGGCAGCGCUGGCACGCGGAGACGCAAGGCCAGCUUUCAGAUGACAUCACCGCG